AUGUCAAGUGAAAGAUGGUCUGAUGAAGAUCAUAAUAGAUUUGUAAAAGCAUUAAAAACAAUCGGUAAAAACUGGAAGCAAAUAGCCAUUGAUGUCGGAACUAAAAAUGAGUAGUAAUGCCGAACUAGAGGCUUGAUAAUCUUUAAUAGAUUAUAAAGACAUUGUUGGGAUGAGGAGCUGAAAAAGAUAUUAACUCCUCAUUAAGGUUACAUGCCUAGAGAUGCAAUUGAGCUUAAGAAACGAGAAGAAAAAAGACUUUUAAAAUAAUAAAAAAAGGAUUAAAUUUUGGAGAAAAAAACUCAACUUUAGACUAAAAACUCAAAAUUAAAAACAAUUUUAGCAAGCAAGAAAGUAGAUUAAGGAACAACUACAGACAUUAUAAUGAAUACUUAAAAAAUUCCAAUCACUCCUUGCAAGCCUUUUAGAAUUGAUACUUCUAAACCAUUUAUGAUUAUUAACGAAAAGCAUCAUCUGUAUUAAAAAGAAUUGAAAAAGAUUAAUGAGGAAAAAGAAGAAGAAGAUCCCGAAUCAGAUAUUAUAAAAGUAAAGAGGUUCAAGAAAAUAGGGAAGUUUGAGGAGGAUUUAAUCUUAGAGCAGUCUAUUAAGGUUGAAGAUUUGAUCAGAGUUAAAGAUUAGGAUCAUUCAAUUAUUUAAAGUUCCUAGGAGACCUGUUUAUUAAAAUAUAGCCAGAAUAGCAACAAUAAUAAUAGCAGGCAUCUUAAUAAUCUUAAAAGCCUGUACUAGCAAGCUCUUAGAAAAGCUAGAAAAAAAUAUUUAUAACCUAGUCUUAGGUGA